ACAUGUUUCACCAACUGAGCCGGAUUUACUGUAAAGUGGUGUCACUGAGUAUAACGUAGGCGAACACGGCAGCCAAUUUUGCACACAGCAACGAAGGGAUCGGCCAAUUUGGGGGAUUGUUGGCCAGGAGGCGGGAAGAAAGAAACUUCCUUUUCGAUUAGCGCUGCAGCAUCUGUCAUUUCAACUGAAAUAAGCAGAGACAGGACCUCGGUAUUAACAUCUUAUCUGAAGGACAGCACCUGCAGUGUUUUGGGUGUGCCAGGCUGUGAGAAUGCUGUACAAAGGGAUGUUGAUGGAGAUAACCGGCUCAAACAUUUUGCCCUUGUUGCUGGGCAGUGUGGGCAUCAUUGUCUUGUACAAACUGCUGCAGAGGAUGAAGCAGCGAGCCUACAUACAGGACACCGUGGUGGUGAUCACAGGGGCCAGCUCCGGCCUCGGCAAAGAGUGCGCCAAGCUUUUCCAUUCAGUGGGUGCCAGGCUGGUUCUGUGUGGACGGGACAGGCAGAAGCUGGAGGAAUUGGUGCAGGAGCUGACGGGAGGCGCAGAUGGCAAGAGAAAGACCCACACACCAAACGUGGUGACAUUUGACCUGCGAGAUGUGGACGCGAUGGCUGACAGGGCGGAGGAGAUUGUCGGUUGUUUCGGGCAGGUGGACAUCCUGAUAAACAACGCUGGUAUCAGCCAUCGAGGGACUAUCCUGGACACUGAUGUCAGUGUGGAUAGAGACGUGAUGAAUAUCAACUACUUUGGGCCAAUUGCUUUAACGAAAGCCAUCUUGCCUUCCAUGGUGCAGCGAAAAAGUGGGCACAUUGUCACCAUUAGCAGCAUCCAAGGGAAAAUAGCAAUUCCAUUUCGAUCCGCGUACGGCGCUUCCAAACACGCCACUCAAGCCUUCUUCGACUGCCUGCGCGCGGAGGUGGAGCAGUUUGGAAUUUUGGUUACGGUAAUCAGUCCCGGAUACAUCCGCACCAACCUGUCGGUCAACGCAGUCACUGGGGACGGCUCCAAGUACGGGGUGAUGGAUAAGAACACAGCGGAAGGCUGGGAUCCUCAGGAUGUGGCCAAAGCCAUUCUGACCGCCGUUAGCAGGAAGAAGAAAGACGUGGUGUUGGCGGGGAUGAUGCCCACGCUCGCCGUUUACUUGCGGACACUACUCCCGUGCGCAUUCUUUCCCAUCAUGGCGGCCAGAGCUAGGAAAGAACGCAAAGUGAAGAAGAAUUAACCCGUCCUGGGAACAAGCACAAACACAGAACUGCGAAGGCCUCUCAGUGUGCAACUGCUGGGAGCCCAACAGAAAUAACAUGUCUUUGAUUGGGUCUAAGACAACGACUGUUCAGACUUGGACAGUUGUUACUGUGCUAGUUUUCCUGACAGUCUUGGGAGUAUUUCGGUGGGAUGUGAUGCGAACUGAAACAACCCAAAUCGUGUCGGUUUUUCAGUGUAAAAAUCGAUCAAAGCAAAUUGGAUUUCAUACCACUUCCACGAAGGAUUCCUAUAUUUAAACAAAGCACCGAGUCAAAUGUGAAUCUGUUUAAAUUGUGUCCAUGGGAUUGUUUACAGUAUUUUUACAACAUAUACUGGAGUCAGUCGGUAUAAUUGUGUCUGUGUUAAAUAAAUUAAAACUGAUAC